AUGACCUCAUUCGUAGCUGUCUCCGCAGCUGCAGAGCUCGCUGUCAAGGCUUGCAUUUGCAGCGAGGCCCCGCGGCCAAAGAAGCGGAGCCUCCCAGGCCAGGGAGCUCUUGGAGCGGCGCUGCCCCUUGCGGCGGCGAUUCGCCAGAGGAGACAUCGACGGCUGCGGCAGAGAGUUCCAUGGCGAAUAGUGCGACUUGCUUCGCCAGGGGAGGACGGCGAAGAAGAACAAAACCCGAUCAAGUCUGCCAUUGCCUUCAUCUCAGGAGUCGUAAGCUGGCUUAUGGGGAUGCUCAACGAACAGACUCAAAGCACCACCGAGACGAGGUCUAGCGAGGGCGAGGAGGGCGGCGCUUCCUUGGUGCAGCAGCUCGGGCGAACUCCCAUUGAUGCACAGAAGGGCCUUCCGAUCUACUCGCUGGGGCCCUUUCCCAGGUGUACCACAGCUUCAGACUUGCGCAGCAGAGCAAGGCACGUCACAGUCAUCACUACGGCGGCGCUGCCGUGGACGACUGGGCCGUCCAUAAAUCCACUACUACGAAGCCUUCACCUCGCCAGGAACGGGCAUGAGGUCAUCUUCGUCAUGCCAUGGGUGCGCCUGAAGGAGCAGGGAAUCCUGUUCCCAGAGGGAGUCUCUUUCCACAGCGUUGACGAGCAGGAAAGAUACGUGGCCAAAUGGUGCAGGGACCGCGCCGGGAUGGACCCCGCCAAGCUGCCCAUCACGUUUCGAUGGUACGAAGCCAGCUAUGUGGAGGCCGUGCGGAGCAUUUUCCCCUCCGGUGACAACGCUGAGGUUCUCGCAGAUUGCGAGAAAGAUGUUCUCGUGUUGGAGGAGCCCGAGCAUCUCUGCUGGUAUCACAAUGGCCCCAGGUGGACCGAGCUCUACCGUCAUGUGAUUGGCGUGGUGCAUACCAACUACCAGGCCUAUCUGGAGAAAAUGGAGUACGAGGGACUGAUGAGCAGUGCCACGAUCCGUGACAGCCUGUUCUCAACGUUCACGACGAUGGUUUGCAGCGCGUACUGUGAUGUGACCAUCAAGCUCUCCUCAGCAGGGAUGUCCCUCCCCAACGAGGUGAAGUACAACGUGCAUGGCGUGCGGAAGGAGUUCUUCGAGGGCGCGCGGCGCGCCGAUGUGAAGCGGAAGAGGCUGCGGCUGAAGCCCCAGAAGAGCGCCAACCAGGUUUAUUUCAUCGGGAAGGCUGUGAAGCCAAAGGGAUGGGUCAGACUCAUCAAGCUGCUGGGCAAAUUGCCAGCCGGAGAGGGCUGGACUGACUUCGCCGUGGAUGGCUUUGGAUCUGGUGCGGAUGCAGAGGAGAUUCAGGCAAUGGUAAAGACCUUGAACGAGGAGCGCAAGACCGGUCAUCCGAUAAUGAACAUGUCUGCGGGCCUUGACCAUGCGGACAAGCACUUCGACCAGUACAAGGUUCUCCUGAAUCCUUCUACGACCGAGAUGCUGUGCACGGUCACGGCGGAGGCACUGGCACUUGGAAAGCGGGUGGUGCUGCCCGACCAUUCGUCCAAUGCAUACUUCAAGGCAAACUUCGCCGACAGAUGCCAUUUCUUCGACCUGCAGGAGCUUGGCUCCUUUGAAGCGGCCCUACAGGCUGCCCUCGGCGCAGAGGGACCAACGCCGCUGCCUGCUGAGGCUGAGGAGAAGCUCCGUUGGGAAACGGCAUCGGAGAGGUUCUACGAUGCAGCUCAGGUGCACGUCCUUUCAGGGAGGCUCUCCCGGCCAUCAGAGGCCCGAGGAGCAAAGCUAGCCUACGAACUGCACAGCCGCUUCCAGACGGACACCCCGGCCAUGUCUGCAGCUUUGAAAUCUGCCACUUUGAAGGAAUCUGGCUCGUGGGACACCGUGCUGGAGAGCGGCCCCGGCAGCGAUCUGCUGGCACGGCUGAAGCGUUUCACCAUGCUGGAGCAGACCACAGACUUCGAUGUGUUGCCCUGCGCCAAGCAUAUGACACAUUCUGGUCCCGGAUGUUAUGACACGUCUUCCAAAGUCAACGAGGCUGCAGUCAUGGGCGCCGUGACGUCCAUCGCCGAUUGUGUUGGCGAGAACGAGCUGCCGAAGGCUCGCCGCUUGCCACCGAGUAAACUACGAGGAGGCUUCAUGCAGUCUAUCCUGGAUUCAGACGCAUGCGGAUUCCAUUCCCGAUGCGAUUGCGCUGAAGCGAGUUUCUCCGACGAGCGCCAGAAGUACCGAAUGAACAAGCCCCGUCGCGACUCGCUGCUUGAGGAGCUCUUUGCUGCUCACGAUCUGAACAAGAAUGGGCUCUUGGAGGAGUUGGAACUUAUUCAGCUGAACAAGAAGAUUGUUCUGCUCCAUUAUGGUCGAACCGCGGACCUGGAUGCGGUCAAGAGCAAGUACCAGGACAUUUUUCGCAGAAACCUGAGUACCACUGGGGAGCCAGUCAACUUCCCCGUCUUCCGCGACUACAUUCACCAGGUUCUCAACUCCAUCGAUCCGGAUCCUACUGCGCAGGAGAUGAUAUUGGAGCAGUGGCUGGCGGAGGCUCAAGCUGCCCGCCUGAUGUUCCACAUGCCGUCUGUGAUGAGCGUGUCGGAUCUGCCUUUCCUGUCCACGAUUUCCUUCGACCAGGAUGACCUGGAAUACAAACCUUCAAGCCGGCGCUCGGUGGACACGGCUUCCACCACGGCCUCUGUUUCGAUGCCAGUCACCUCAACAGCACCUAUCCGCUGCACCUCCUUCGUCCACGCCGGCCCACCGACGGAGGACGAGAAGGCCUAUUUUCGAGCAUGGACCUGUUGCCCAGAGUAA